CUUUCUGCCUUGCGCGUUUAGUGCGAGCGUGCCAUAUCUCGGUGCGGAGAUACACAUUUUCGUUCGAAGCUGAGUUUCUACUCGUCCCUCACUCUAUCACAGAGGUCAUUCGCGAAAAUGGUUGCCAAAUCGCCUACCUACUUCAAGCAAUUGAACUCAUAUCGUGGCUCUAGCGCAGUCUUUUGGGCGCUGUCCUUCGGAUAUGUCGCUACGUUGAUGUACAGGCGUAGAUCGGAGCACAGGGCUGGCCUGUUGUCGGAAGCUGGGUUCGCACUCUCACUGCUGUGGGCGGAAUUCUGCUUCUAUUGCGCCACCGUCAUCGUCUAUCGAAUAUGGUUCCACCCACUGGCGAAGUAUCCGGGACCUUUCCUGGCGAAGUUCUCGGAUUGGUACUCUGUAUACCAUUGCUUCCUUGAAGACCGCCACAUCGACUUCUACAAGCUUCAUUGCAAAUAUGGUCCCAUCGUCCGCUAUGGCCCUCACAGAAUCGCCAUGAACUCUAACACCGCUCUCCGGGAAAUCUACCACGUCCGCGCAAACUGCCAAAAGAGCCAAUUCUUCACAGUCUUCAGCCACUUCUUCAAGGUCCAGAUGGUCAUGACGACCCUCGACCACAAAGAGCAUGCAUUCAAACGCCGCAUCGCCUCCGAGGCCCUGACUGCCAAAGCACUGAAGGAAAUGGAAGCCGGCGUCGUGCGAAACGUGAACGUUUUUUGCGACAAGAUGCUCGAUGACCCUAACGACAAGACGAAGGAGUGGAAUUCGGCCCGCAACAUGAGCCGGUGGUGUGGGUGGCUGGUUAAUGAUAUCAUGGGCGAUAUCACGUUCCAUCGGAAUUGGAAGAUGCUUUCAAGUGAGGAGAAUCGGGACAUUCUUGAAAUUCUGAACCAGGGUGUUGGAGGUCUGAAUAUGAUGGGUCACAUGCCCGGCAUCCUUGAUCUCAAGCUCGACAAGAUCUUCUUCCGCGGCGCAACAGAAGGCACAUACAAGUACGAGCGCCUUACAGAGGACCAGACCAACUGGCGCAUAGAGCAAGGCGAGAAGAUCCAAGAGCGCGACAUCUUCGGCUCGCUGAUGGCCGCCCACGACACCGAAACGAACCGCAGUCUGACGCGCGAAGAGCUCAUCGCCGAAGCAGGUCUCUUCAUCAUCGCCGGCUCCGACACCACCGGGUCCGCCAUCUCAGCCACGCUCUUCUACCUCCUGCACUACCCAGAGUGCUACGACAUCGUGCAGCGGGAAGUCCGCGAGAAAUUCUCCGCGGUCGAGGACAUCCACGGCGGGGACCAGCUCACCCAGUGCCAGUACCUGCAUGCCUGCAUCACGGAGGCUAUGCGUCUCUCGCCUGGCGUCGGCGGCAUCCUGCUCCGCGAAGUCAUGCAGCCCGGCAUGCGCGUCGACGGCCACUUCUUCCCCGCCGGCACCGACAUCGGCGUCGCCAACUACGCCAUCCACCACAACACCGACUACUUCCCGGAGCCCUUUGUCUUCCGCCCCACGCGCUGGCUGCUCGCCAGCCAGUACUCCGGCGGCGUCAGCGCGGCCGAAGUCAAGCUCGCCAACUCAGCGUACGCGCCGUUCAGCGUGGGCCGCGCCAACUGCCUGGGCCAGAACCUCGCGUACACGGAGAUGAUGACGAUUAUCGGGAAGCUGAUGUUCAUGUAUGAUUUGCGCAUCCAGCCGGGGAGUACGCUGGGCGAGGGGAGCGAGAAGCUGGGCAAGGAUAGGGCGAGGAAGGAGGAGUUUCAGACUUGGGACCGGUUUGUGAGCCAUCAUGAGGGGCCGAUGAUUGAGUUCCGCCCGAGGUAGAUGCGCGAUGCGGGCUUUUUGAGUGUACUUUAUGCUAGGU